AUGCUGCAGCGUUUCUCUCGUCGGUCGUUACGGGGCUACCGCGGCGCGCAGCAGGUGGCAGCGCUGAGGUGCUCGCUGCGAUUCGGCAUGAAUGUUGGCGGAUCGUACUACCAGGAGUCGGAUACGGCCGGGAUUCAUCAGAUGAACAACGACCUCCGGCUGGGCCUUGUCAUCAAGCCGCAGAGCACGCUCGUGGAGCUGUGGGAGCAGGCGCUGAAGGCAUGGCCAACCCGCCGCUUUCUGGGGAGCAAGAUGUGGGUGCGCGGCAAGCUUGGCUACGUCUGGGCCACGUAUGAGUCCAUCAACACUGAAGUUGAGGCGAUGCGGACACUGCUACAUCAGAUGGGCGUCGAGAAGGGAUCUCGUGUUGUGGUUAUUAGCGAGAACCGCUAUGAGUGGGUUGUGGUACACUUCGCCACCAUGCAGCUGGGGGCGCACUUUGUGGCGCUUCCCACCAAUAUCACCCCGUCCGAGGCGCAGCUCGUGGUGAGGAGCACACAGUCCAAGGUUCUCUUUGUCGAGACAAAGGCGUCGUACGCAGCAGUCAAGGGGUGGAUUGGUCGUGUGGGGCAGCUUGAGCACGCCAUUUGUUUUGAGGAUCAGGUUGGGGAGGGCAGCUAUGCAGUUGCGAUUAGCAUUGCGGCAGACGUGCCUGAGAAAACUCCUGCGCGAACGGACGUCCGUGCUGAGGACACCGCGAUGAUUGUCUUCACAGCUGGCACCACGGGGCCGCCAAAGGGUGUCAUGUUGUCUCACAAGAACAUCGUUGCGAACGUCAGCUCUGUGUAUGCUAGCCUUGGCGAGGCGCUGACGCACAGCGACAUGUUCAUGUCGCUGUGCUCGUGGUGCGUUGCGGGCAGCCUAACGGCAGACUUGUAUCAGGCACUGUGCAAAGGCGCGUGCGUGUGCAUCCCCCCUGAAACCCUGGAGGGAUUCCAAGACUUACCCCUUGUUAACCCGAGCGUCAUUGUCUCUGUGGCGCAGCCCUUUCAGCGCGCGUACGCGAACAUCGUCGACGACAUAUUGAACCGUGGUAGCUUCACCAAGGACCUCACCCGCCUCGUCGUCGGUCGCAUCACCGAAAACCGUCUCAUGUUCAAGAAACCGGGCCGCACACUCCGGGCCUUCUCCCACGCUCUGCUCGGCAAGUUCAAGGCACAGUUUGGCUCGGAGUUGCGCGUCGUCAUCAUUAUCGGCCACCAGCUCACCAAGGAUCAGUCAGAGCUCAUGGCGGACCUGGAUGUGUUUGUGGUGAACACGUACGGCUGCAUGGAGGCGGGUGGGCUCAUCGCCACCGAUGUGGAUGUGCCGCAGCGUCUCAAAGCUUUGCCCGGUCUUGAGGUGCGCGUCGUAAACGAGAAAAACGAGAUUGUGGCGCCAGGGGACUUGGGCGAGAUCCUCGUAGAGGCCCCCAACGCCAUGCAGGGCUACUUUGACGUGCACAUCGACCCAGAGGAGGCGAAGAAUUCGCUGGUGGAGUACGGAAGCCGCACCUUUGUGCGGUCCGGCGACUACGGCACCCUCACCGGAGGAUGGAUAACGGUGAGGGGCAACAAAGACGUCCUCAUCAAGUUGGCGAACGCCAAGACGGUGAACCCGCUCGAGGUGGAGGCGACCCUGACAAAGAGCCCGUUCAUUAAGCAGGUCUUCAUCUACGGAAAUGGUCGCCCUUACGUCGUGGCACUCGUGGUGGCCAACACUAAGGCCAUCGCCGCACACUUGCGCAAGGUGGAGCGUCGAGAUGGUAUACCGCUCGUCAACGAUAGGGAAAAGGCUGAUUGCAUCCGCGCCGAGCUGCGGCGCGUCUCGCAGGACUUGCCCCCUCGCACUCACGUUCGCCGCUUUGCCUUUGUGGACGAAUUUACCCUCGCCAACGGCUUCAUGACGGUGAAGAUGGGCUACGCACGCCAAAAGAUCGAGGAUCACUACGUGCACUACUUUGAGGCCUUGUACGAUGAGACGCCGAAGUUUUACGGGUUUGCUGUUGAUGACUACGAUGACUUGUUCUAG